CUCGACCGGAUGCUCGCUGGCUACCGUGACUAACUGACGAUCGCGUCAGUCGGUCGACGGAGCCGCUGCGGGGUAGAGCGCGGGACCGAGAGUCUAACGCCAGUAAGGUGGAACCGAGAGGAAACUGGUUUGUAAAGUAACUGUAACUUCCUGAGAGGAACACAGCGGUUCUAAUCUCUGCACACUGAAGUUAACAGCAGCAAUGUCAGGUUCCUGCGAUGAUUCCAUGGAGGUCUCCAGUGAUAGUUUCUGGGAGAUUGGUAACUACAAGAGAGCAGUGAAGCGGGUAGAUGAUGGCAAUCGGCUCUGCAGCGAUCUCAUGAAUUGCCUGCAUGAGCGGGCACGUAUUGAAAAGGCCUAUGCACAGCAGCUCACAGAAUGGGGCAAGCGGUGGCGGCAGCUCAUAGAAAAAGGUCCUCAGUAUGGUUCGCUGGAGCGGGCGUGGGUCGCACUGUGCACAGAGGCAGAGAAGGUGAGUGAGCUUCACAUGGAGGUGAAAGCAGCACUAAUGGCAGAAGACUACGAGAAGCUGAAGAACUGGCAGAGGGACUCCUACCAUAAACAGAUGAUAGGUGGCUUUAAAGAGACCAAAGAGGCUGAAGAUGGCUUCCGCAAGGCUCAGAAGCCCUGGGCCAAGAGGCUGAAAGAGGUAGAGACGAUGAAGAAAACGUACCAUUCUGCCUGCAAGGAAGAAAAGCUAGCAACCAGUAGGGAAACAAACAGCAAACUAGAGAGUAACAACAACCCUGAAGCCCAGAAGAAGCUCCAAGAGAAAGUGGAGAAGUGUCAGCAGGAAGUGCAGAAGACAAAGGAACGUUAUGAGAAAUCCCUUGAAGAGCUCAACAAGGUGACCCCUCAGUACAUGGAGAACAUGGAGCAAGUGUUUGAGCAGUGGCAACAGUUUGAAGACAAACGCAUUUGCUUUUUUAAAGAGCUGUUUCUGGAGGUUAAGCAGCACCUGGACCUCUCGAGUAAUCACAGAUUCCAGACAAUCUAUCACACGCUGGAAGACACGAUCUCUGCUACUGAUGCUGAAGAGGAUCUGAAAUUGUUCCGGUUCAGCCACGGCCCAGGCAUGCCAAUGAACUGGCCCCAGUUUGAGGAGUGGUCCAUAGACCUAAACAGAACACUCAGCAGAAGGGAAACAAGGAAGAAGCCGUCCGAGGGUGUCACACUGACGGGUAUCAGUCAGACUGGGUCAGACCAGCCUGUUCAGCCUACCAAGACCAGCAGCAGCCUGACUGUACCCACUAUAACAGCACCAGUGGGUUCCAACCCAUUUGAAGAGGAUGAGGAGGAGGAGGAGGAGGAAAUGGCAGAGAAGCAGCAGACUACAGUCAACCACAUCAGUGUGAAUAAAGAGGAGAUAAAAACUGUUAGCAGCAGUAAUGAUAAGAGUGCUGACUGGUCAGAUGAGGACGCGAGUGGUAACCCCUUCUCCGCCAACGGUAAUGGGAAUCCCUUCGAAGACGAGCCUUCCUCUCCGGUCGUAUCUGUACCCGUUAGAGCCCUGUAUGACUAUGAAGGACAGGAGCAGGAUGAGCUGAGCUUCAAAGCAGGAGAUGAAUUAAUCAAAAUUGGAGAAGAAGAUGAUCAGGGUUGGUGCAAAGGGCGGCUCAAGGACGGAACAACAGGCCUUUAUCCUGCCAACUAUGUGGAAGACAUCCAGUAACAAAUGAGGGCAGGUGAAAUGAAUGAGAAGAAGGUAGUGAUGCAAAGCACCAGUGUGGCUGGAAGCACCAAGAACCCGCCUUAUUCAAAGCCCUUUUCUUCCUGUUGAUCCCUGGACUGGAGUUGGAGAUGAGAGAUGUUGACGAUUACAAAAGGACCACUUGAGGUAUUAUUACUUUGACGAGAAACAAUGUUUCCAGAUGAUUCCUGAUCAGAGAGAAGUUUAGAAUAUGUUACUUAGAACCCCAACUAUGCUGUUACAGAAAUGAUUGCUUUUCAUCUACACAUUUAGUUAGGACUAUGAACUAUAUGUGUGACUUUGUUUAUUCUUUAAAAAAAAAACACUGGGAUGGUAGAUCAGACAAAUCAUCUUGUAAUGUUACAUGCAGCCUUAAUAUUCAGGCCACUGUGAUGUCUGGGACAAAGUAUGUCCAUAUUUAACUUUAAUUUAAGUUUUAAAUUACAGCUCAUAUUAGUUUCUUUGUGGUUUUGUUUCUACAUUCAGUUCAUAAAUUGUUGUACUGGUUUAAGAAACGAUAAAAGACAAGUAGAGCCUUAUCUGGACAGUCUACUCUUCAGGUCACAGUGGUUAGAUUUCCUCUUGUCACUGUAAUUGAAUGUAUAUUACUGAUUGUAUUUUCUUACUUAAAGACUGUCCCGUCUCACUGACUGCUGGGUUCAUGCAUUGACCCAUAAGCGGCCCAGACAGCUGUCGCAGCUCUUCUCAUAAAUCACUUUCUUUUGACUGUAGAUUGUAGUUGUAUGAUUUGGGUCGGGUUGGGUUUUUUAAGCAACACUGAAUUUUUUUACACACAUUUAUCUCACUUGAAUCUUUGUGUGUUAGUUCUCUCACUUAUGUUAAAUAUAAAUUUAUGGGAGAAUCUUUUAGCGUUUGUUUUAGCAAUAAAACCACAAAAUAUAGUAGCCUACAUAUGUGUAAAUAGCCUGGAUUCAACAUCUUAGAACAAGUUUAGCCUUAGGCCUGAACAUCAGAUACAUAGUUGAAAACUGAUGAUUGUUAAUUUAUGAUGCCACAAGUGCUUUUGUUCUGCUCUAGAAAUGCUGUGACUGAGAAUCAGUUUGUAUAUUAAUUCUGUGCUUAAUGGAAACUAGCAUUUGAAUUUUGUUAUCUUUGUAAAUAUAAUUUUCCUUCUCCUUCACAAAGGCUCAUAUUUACUGUGUUAAUCAGCAGAUACUAUGUGAAUAAUCGUUUCUUUUGGCACCUAUGACUUGAAUGGAUAUAGCUGAUGCCAUAACCUAAAAGUAUGUUUCAAUCGACUGUUUUGCUGGCUUGCAUUUUUCAGACACGAGUUUCGGCGUUUUAUUUGUGCCAGCUCUAAAUCUAUGUUUCUUGUUUUAAUAAUAGUCAGAAAAGUUGUUUCACCAUGUUUCGAGGGCAUGUUGUCACUCAAACAGGGCAAAAGAUGAACCUGCACAGUAAAGAUUGCAAAUGCCCUACAACAUAAUAAAUUAAGUUGUUAAAAGAUAAAA